AUGAGGCCGAAACCAUGGGUAUUCAAGUACGCCAUUCCACGAUCAUAUCGCAAUAUAAUUGCCUAUCUGGUCGAGCUGAUAAUGACCAAUGUUGAAUUCUAUGAGCUCACGGGCCUGCCCUUGAGUAGACUCACGGCUACCGAAGUCUCUCUGGUCGCGCACUUGCUUGGAAUUUGGGACGCCUUUCUCAACCGGGACAAGUAUUUGAGCCCGCUGCGCGACGUCGACCCCACGAUGCAAUUCUUUGAUCCGCUGAUUCAAGACCGUCAUCGUAUCCUUAUUUUCGGCCACGGCGUUUUGAAUUUAACGGAAAGAAUUCAAUGCCCCGCAGGCUAUUGGAGCCGACAACUUGAAGAGAUUUCACGUGGCAAUGAUCCACCGGUUCCUCGAAUCUGGAUUGUAUGCAUCCCACCAGAUGCUCACAGUCAUGCACCUGCUUUAGCAUCGAUGUCAUACAGAGAGGCGCACAAGAUCUUUCAGGCAAAGGUUAUGAUUCAACCCAAGGGCCGUGAUUUGAAAAAAGUACGGCCACCAGGUAUAGACACCGUAGAGGUCUGGCUCAGUGGAAUGGGAGUAUAUCGAAUGGUGCUCGAGCCUUCAUUCGAUGACUGGGGAGAAAAAAUGAUGUGUUCGAUCGGUGGCAUUUGUUUCCCAAUUGACUGGGACGAUAUUUAUGAGAAUGCAAACAGCAGUUCCUUUCUUCCUUACAUCGAGCCGACACAGGAUCCACAUACUGUUAAGCAUUCGGAUGUGUGCAGAACGAUGAAGAGAAAGACGGACACAUUUGCGAAAAACGGGAAAGUGGUACAAUGGAAAAAAAAAACUAUUGUCUGCCCCCGGGCUACCAUUUCAAUGGGAGUGUUCUUCUAG